CCGUGAGUAGUUCUGCAUCGAUUGCUAGAGUUUCGAUUUUACGAGAGGUUGGAUUACAGACUGUGCAAGAAAAUGCCGACGUACAAGCUGAUAUAUUUCGACGUUACCGGCCUUGGGGAGGCAAUUAGGUUCAUGUUAAAUUAUUGCGGUAUCAAAUUCGAAGAUGUUAGAUUUAGCUUCGAUGAAUGGUCGAAGUAUAAACCAAGCAUGCCCAUGGGACAAGUGCCGGUUCUAGAGAUCGAUGGUAAGCAAUAUCAUCAGUCCAGGGCCAUCGGACGAUUCCUCGCUAAGAAGGGCAAUUUAUAUGGAUCCGACGAUUUUGAGGCCAUGGAGAUCGAUGCAACAGUUGAUUCUAUCGAGGACAUUAGACAAGCAAUGACUCUUUAUUAUUGGGAACAAGAUCCCGCCUUCAAAGCGAAACUCAAGGAUACUCUUUUCCAAAAAUUGCCUAACUAUCUUGACAUAUUCGAAGCUCAAAUCAAGAAGAACGGUGGAUAUUUCGUCGGUGGCAAGCUGUCGUGGGCAGAUUUUCUGUGGGCUGCAUAUCAUGACUAUAUGAGCUUUAUUGUGGAAGGGGAUUCAAACAAAAAUCAUCCCGAAUUGAAGAAGUUAGUGGAGAAAGUUCGUACUUUGCCCAAAGUUAAAGCUUAUAUCGAGAAGCGACCUAAGACACAAUUUUAAGUAAAAUGAUUAUAAUAUUAUGCUCUUUUUUGAUUUGUUAAACGUUUUAAUAUUAUUCUUUAAUAACUAUUUUCUACU